AUGGGCAGAUUUAAUGUAUUGCUCUUCGUCUUUCUACUUAUCAUUUACUGUGUGACAAUAUGUGGAAACUCCUUGAUCAUCACAUUGGUGUCCUACAGCAAGAACCUCCACUCUCCCAUGUACUUUUUCCUCACUCAGCUCUCUGUUGCUGACAUCUUGUUGACCACAGAUAUUUCCCCUUUCAUGCUAAAUAUUGUACUACAUCAAGGGGCCUUCCUAUCUUUUCAUGGGUGCAUCAGUCAGCUAUAUGUUUUCAUUUUAUCCGAGGGAUUUGAAUGUUUUCUUCUGACCAUGAUGUCCUAUGACCGCUACCUAGCCAUUUGUUCUCCAUUGUAUUAUUCCUCCAUUAUGAACCAUGCGCUUUGCAUGAAAUUAAUUGUUGCCUCUUGGCUCCUAGGCUGUUUGGUUGCACUGAUUCUGGUACAUGGAAUAACCCAACUAUAUUUCUGCAGGUCAAGUAUGAUUGACCAUUUCUUUUGUGACUUUUACCCUGUGAUGGACAUUUCUUGCUCAGAUGUGUCUAGGUGUCUGAUAGAAGCCACCUUAAUGUGCAUUCUAGCAAUAAUCUUACCAUUCGUCGUGAUAGUAAUUUCAUACGUGUGUAUUGUUUUAACCAUCAUAAGGAUAUCCUCCAGUUCUGGAAGACAAAAAUCCUUUUCAACUUGUAGCUCCCACCUGACAGUUGUAUCUAUAUUUUAUGGGACUCUAAUUGCCACGUACAUCAUUCCAAAGGAAGGACAGAUGAAAAUCUUCAGUAAGACAUUGUCAUUGCUAUACACUGUGCUUACGCCAUUACUAAAUCCUUUCAUAUACAGUUUGAGAAAUGAAGACAUUAAGAAAGCUUUGAGAAAAAUUCACCUAUAA